AUGGCUGCUAUCUCCUCAUUUGCUAGGCAUGGGAAAAAGAUCGUAGCUAUCGGCAGAAAUUAUGCCGAGCAUAUCAAGGAACUAUCGAAUACGACACCCAAAGAGCCGUUCUUCUUCCUCAAGCCCACAACCACUUAUUUACCGUCCGGAGGCAAAGUUGAAAUCCCAAACGGAAUACUUUGCCAUCACGAAGUGGAACUUGGACUUGUAAUUGGCAAACGCGGUCGAGAUAUAUCUCAAGCCAACGCAGACGCUCAUAUCGCUGGUUAUGCUUUAGCGGUUGAUAUGACGGCACGAAAUCUCCAAGAGCAGGUGAAGAGUAAAGGACUACCGUGGAGUGCUGCGAAAGGUUUCGAUACUUUCACGCCUAUAGGAUCAUUUAUCCCAAAGUCAGACGUCAAGGACCCUCAUGAUUUGAGACUCUGGCUAAAGAUUAACGGUGCUUUCAAACAGAACGGUACUACUUCAGACAUGAUAUUCCGGAUCCCAAGACUCAUCGAGCAUAUUUCAUCGAUCAUGACACUGGAGGAAGGGGAUUUAGUUUUGACAGGAACUCCUGCGGGUGUGGGUCCGAUCAGCGCUGGAGAUGAGGUGGAGUGUGCACUUUCUGACGGUACAGGAAAGAAUCUGGCGAAGCUUAUUUUCGGCGUUGUGGAUCGGGAAGGAGGGUACCAGUUUAAGGCCUAA